CCUCUCUCUCUCUCUCUCUCUCUGAGACACACGAUAAAAAUUAUAUUCAUAUAAUGGUUCGUAAGGUGGAUAUGAAGAAGAUAGAGGACAUAACAAAAUGUCAAGUGACAUUUUCGAAGCGAAGAAGUAGCUUGAUAAAGAAGGCUCAUGAAAUCUCUGUUUGUUGCGACGUGGAUAUUGCAUUCAUCACUUUCUCUCCCUCCGGUCGAGUGAGCAAGUUUUGCAGCCAAAGGAGGAUUGAAGACCUGAUUCAUCGUUACAUAAAUCUUCCCGUAGACAAGAGAUUUACUCAUAUCAAGAAUGUUCAGGAGAAGCAGGAAAAGAUACACCAACUAGACCGCAUUAAAGGCGAUACUAGCAAGCUUCAAUAUCUUGAAAAACAAGUUGAAAACCUUGAGCUACAAAUAAAAAAAAGGACAUUAGAAUUACAGAUUUUGGAGGCUAAUAUCAGGGAUUAUGAACUGCUCCCAGAGCAAGAACCCUCUCUACAUCAACUCAUGUGGUGCGAGAGAAACUUGAAACAGUCUUUGGAAAAAGUGGUAGCAAGAAAAAAUGCAUUGAGUGGUAGCUAUUCUUCCUUACAAAGCCAACCCAACACUCAGGUGGAGAUGGAGAACCAAGGCGGUAUGCCACUUUCAUGCUACAUUGAUGGAAGGGAUCUAAGUUGGGUUCCAAAAAGCCCUCCUUCUAGGCAGCUUUUAAUGCAACUUGAUCCUUGGAUUAGUCCUUACAGGUUUACAUGUUAUCAACAACUUAAUGGCUAUUGAUUUUCACUAUUUACUUAACACCUUUUGUGUCCUAGUCCUUUUCCCCCCUUAAAUGUUAUCACAAGUUUUCGAUCACUAGAAGUUUGAUAAUUUAGGGAAGUAGUUGCUCAUGAGGCAACAAGUUUAGCUAGCAAAGAAGUCAUGUUUUAACAAUCUAUUAAACCCUAAACCAUUCACUGAUCUUUAAGAAAAACAAGAAUUAACCCCUACAUUAAUUAUUGUUUUAUAAGAUCAAAUUUAGAGUAUCGAUAGACAUGUAGGUUGAUAUUAUUAGUUUAUUUUUUUUGGUCUCUUGAUACUGAUAUGGGAUUUAAAUUAUUUUCAU